UGCGUUUUGUUUACAAAACUCUCGAGGUAACAUCUAAUACAUAAAUGCACACCAGCUAUGGCACCUGUGGAAGGGUACUGGGGAAAACAAACGGCUACAAUCGAUUGGUGUGAGGAAAAUUACAGAAUAACACCGUAUAUAGCAGAAUUUUGGAAUACAAUCACCAAUUUCAUCUUCAUCAUCCCAACGUUUAGCGUGUUAGCCAUCGCCAUUACACAGAAUCAUGAAAAUCGCUACAAAUGGUGCCACAUUGGCGUUACAAGUGUGGGUUUUGGGUCUUGGUGUUUUCACAUGACGUUAUUGUACAGUAUGCAACUGCUGGAUGAACUACCUAUGAUAUAUAGCUCUUGUUUCCUGUUGUAUUGUCAAUUGGAGACCACAAGUCCGGAGAAUCAUCAUAAUCGCCCUCUACAAAUAUUUUUUAUUGUUAUAUCUGUGCUGAUAACAGUGAUAUAUGUGUCAACAAAGUAUGUACUUUUCUUCCAGGCUUGUUAUGGUAUAAUGGUGAUAUCAAUGGUAGUGAUCACUGUUAGAAUUAUAAUGACAUUACGACAUAGCAGAAAACUAUACAUCGCCUCCCUGGCUACAUAUGUGAUGGGGGUCAUCGUCUGGAUACUAGAUCAGCACCUGUGUGGUCAACUUAAAGUGGUGCGAUCGGAUGUGAUGCCACGAAUGUUGUCCCCAGUUACAGAACUUCACGCAUGGUGGCAUUUACUAGCGGGGGUCGGAACAUACCUAUCUGUCUUCUUCAGUGCACACACAAGGUACCUGUACUUGAACAAAAACCCAGAAAUUCGUUUUUGGAUGGGUUUCUGGCCUUACCUAUCAGUUCCAUCUUUGACCAAGUCAAAAUUUAAACAUCGCAUAAUGUCCUCAUAACCGUGUGCAGAAGGACAUUACAAUUGAAUAGAAUAUGGAAAAAAUCUUCAGAAUUCUUCUCUGAAAUAUAAGGGAAAAAUGCAUUAAGCGUAAUAUAACGCUGAAUUGGAAAUCGUCAGUUGAGAAGGGUUUUGGAAAAGGAGUCGAAUCAAGAAAAACUACGCUCUUCACUAGAACCUAGUUAUAGAAGAUAACAGGUAUAUUAUAAUAUAUGUUUAAUGAUCUCCUAAAACUUUCUUAAAAGUAUUUAAGAGGAGAUAUUUUGGGAUUUUCAUUAUCUAUCAAUAUUAUGCUUUGGUGUAGUUUCAUUUUGGCUACUAUGUAGCCAAUUUUUACAACUGAUCAUCUUAGUUAGAAAUUUCACAAUCUACAGAAUAAAUGCCUUAAGUGUUAUAAUAUUAGUAAUUUAUGAUUAUGUGUCUUUCACCAAAAGUGUGAUUAAAUUUAUCCUGUAUUUUUUUUCCUAGGUAAUGUAACAUGUAAACUUUUGAAGCUGUUUGACUAUAAGAUAUUUUCCUCAAGACGAUUCUCAUUAAUUAAGUUAAAACAUUUUUUGACAGUUAUCACAUACCUAUUAAGUUCAGAUAAUUUUUUUAGAAUUAUUCAGAAUGUGAAUUUAAAAAAAAAAGUUUCAGAAAUUAUCAAUCAAUUUCUUCUACUGAUAUCAAUUAUUGAAAUAUAAUAUUUAAAAUUUAAAAAAAACUAAGUGUAAUAACACUUUUUAAUGACACAAUGAACAAAACAAUAGAAAAUCUGCUUUGUCAGUUAAUAACCGAAAAGUUUCAUGUUUGGAUGCUGUUUAAGAUUUUAAAUAUUUAAUCUGUAUUAAGUGUCGCAGACAUUUUUACCAUGUUACACAUAUCUUGUUUGAACUGCUACAGAAAUGUAACUUUGCUCUAUUGAAAGAUUCUUCCAACCAGAUCUAGAUCUGUGGGGACCAAAGAACUCCUGUUUUCAUUUUCUUGAAAUUUUCAUUUUAAAUGUUAGAAUUAAUGUAUUAGUUGCUGUUUUAUGUUAUUUAUUUUCACAGCUUGCAUUUACUGUUAUCAGAAUUUUACUGUAAAUCAUAUCCUCACGCAAAAUCUACUGAAAUGUAUAAAAAGAUUGAUUUAUAUUUUUGGAAGAACAAUUUUAAUAUAUUGACUUUAGUAAAACGGAAUAAUUUCAAACUUCAAUCUGCAUAAUGUAUUUGUAAGUUAUUAAAACAUAAGAGGAACUAUUUUAUUGUUUUAUAUAUGUAAAGUAUAGAUAUAAAAAAUUGAUAAAAUAUUCUACUGGAUAAACAUUAGCAUCAAUAUUUAUGAAAUAUACAUCCAUGACGUCUUCCUGACAAUGUGUGAUACUUUUUUUCAUUUACGGUGUCCUAUAUUUAUAAACUGAAUUCUGUCCAUGAUAUAUUUUGUCCAAGCUUUCAAGAAAUACCCCACAAGUGGCUGUAUGCUUUUAUGAAUUACAUGUGACAUCUCCGCGACUGUACAAUGUUAAAUUCUUCCCUUUUAUAAUGUAGAGUAUCUCUAUAUGUUCAUUCUCUAUAAAUUUGGUUUCUAUCCCUUAAUUUUUAUCAUCUUAUUUCAAUGUACAAUUUAUUUAUCAAAUCAAACAAUAGGCUAAUAUGCUAGAUCUCUCCAUUAAGAAACAAUGAUAAGUGAUUUAGUUACUGUAACAAUAGUAUAUAUAGAUAAGUAAUUAACUAUGAAAAAAUUGAAGUGUCUUAAAAUGAUAAAAAAAAAUUGCUUAAAGGGAAGUAAAUCUCACUAUGGUUAUAUAGUUAUGUGUAUUAAGAAGUUUAUUUGUAUUUAUUUCUUAAAAAUAUCCUUUCUUCGAAUUAACUAUAAGCUAGUCAUUUAUGUUGUUUAUCUUUGACUUACUGUAUUUAUCCUGAAAUAAGCCCCCUCAUCUAGUGUAAAAGUUUAGUACCAUAUUAAUCCUGAAAUAAGCCCCCUCAUCUAGUGUAAAAGUUUAGUACCAUAUGUAUCCUGAAAUAAGCCCCCUCAUCUAGUGUAAAAGUUUAGUACCAUAUUUAUCCUCAAAUAAGCCCCCUUCUUAGAAUAAACUAUUAUUGAAUUUUGCGGAAGGCUUAUUUGUGAACCACUUUUCGCUGACUACAUUUUAUUUCAAAAUUGAGAAGUAAUGAAGAAGGAGGCUUAUUUGUGGGCAGGGGCUUAUUUACUGAUAAAAACAGUAAUUUAUAGUCAUCAUUAGUCUUUAUUGUAUUUACUGUAUAAGUUCUCCAUGUAUACUUGUUCAGGUAUCUACAAGUGUCACUACUUGCUUUAAGUCGCUGUUCAAUGUUAUUCACUAUUAUGUUGACAAGUCUCCUAUAAUUUUACAUUAUAUCUAUACCUACAUGUAGAUUAUUUUUACUUACCUGUACGUAUAGUUAUCUUUACUUACAUGUAUCUAUUUAUACUUCUCUAGCUUGGCCUGUACCUUAACUCUAUAUUUAUUCUUCCUUUACAAGUAUUUUUUGUUUAUCCUACAAAAUAUAACUAACAUAUAAACAUUCUUUUUACAAAAUUAACUUGUUAUAUUGUUUUCAGAAGUCAUUCUAUGGAGUUCAUAAAUUUUUCAUUCCAAACCAUCUUCACUGGUAUUUUAUAAAUCUACCUUAAAGUUUUCAGUAUAUAAUAUUUAAUUCUAUAUUCAUUUUUCUGCUCAUUCUCGAUCUAUUAGGAUAUUACGUCAAUCAACUCCCACAGACAGCUACUCAUACAGCAUUUAUUCAGUUAGAUAGGCUAGUUUUUGUUUUAAAAUUUAUUCAAUUAACCAAGACGUUUGUGACGGGACUUGAUGAUAUGGUUAAGGGUUUAUCUCAUGUUGAGACUUCAGCUGUAUACUGGCCCUAAAAUGUGCAUUUUUUGUUUGCUACAUUUAAUGUAAGUCUCUCAAGGUCACUCACUACAAUUGUCAAUGUCACAUUUUAAAACGCAUAUCUUAUGUGUACAUACCUUUACUACUGCCAAACUUUUCAUACAAGUUCUGCUUGGGAUGGAAGUGUUUUUCACUAAAUCAAACUUUAUACCCUUUAGAUAAAAAGUUACAUGUAUUUCCCUUUAGAUAAAGAGUAUAUGUCCAAUAGUUAAAAUGUUCCGUGUAUUUUCCUUAGAUAAAGAGUUAUGUCCCUUAGAUAAAGAGUUAUGUCUCUUAGAUAAAGAGUUAUGUUCCUUAGAUAAAGAGUUAUGUCCCUUAGAUAAAGAGUUAUGUCUCUUAGAUAAAGUGUCACAUGUAUAUGUCACUUAGAUAAAGUGUUACAUGUAUAUUUCCCUUAGAUAAAGUGUUACAUAUUUUUGUCCAUCUUUGUUUUUGUCCAUCAGAUUAAGUGUUACACAAAUUUUCCUUAGAUAAAGAGUUACAUAUAUACGUCCAUUACUAGAUAAAGAAUUACAUGUAUAUGUCACUUAGAUAAAGUGUUACACAUAAUUUCCUUAGAUAAAGUGUUACACAUAAUUUCCUUAGAUAAAGUGUUACAUGUAUGUCCUUCUAUACCUUGUCCUGUCACCUUUUCUAGGGUAUAUUUUGUAUGUUUUGGGUACUUCCAGAGAUAUUAUAAAAUUUUGGAUCAUGUGACAAUCUUAAUUCAGAGUUACAAUUAUUUGUUUACUUCUGACACCAAAUUUUGUUGGAGUUGAAAAACAUCAAUACUCUUCCUUAUUUUGAAUUUCACAGCUCAAAAUGAAAAUUGUUUGGUUUGAUAAGCCUUGUAUUUACUGCCAAUUCAUUAUCGAACCAGUAUUUAAGAUUUUAUAUGGGGUAAAGAAAUAUACAAAUCAGCUGGGUAAUUUGGUAAGGGGUAGAAUUUCAAGUGACAAAGAAAAGUUUCUAAUACUCCAACUGUGAAUAUUUUUUAAACAAAUGCAGCACCUCUUUCAAUUUGCUAUCAAAUUCUGUUUUCCAUAUUUAGUAAUUCCUCAAUGAAAUUUUGGUAUGUAUUCCGUGUAUUGUCAAACUUCUCUACAAAGCCAAUUUGUUCCCAAGAGCAAAACAUCAGGGUUUAUUUGCUAUCUUACAAACGAGGCAUGUGUUUGGCCGGAGUUCUAUCUAAUGUCAAAACUUUAAACUAUUAAAAAUUAGUUGAAACAAUUUUUAUACAUAAACAUAAAAUUUUUAUUACCAAAUUUACAAAAACAAGAAA